UCGUUUCUGUAGCGGGAGCAGUGCAAUGUGGCAAACGUUUUCUGUUAAAUUUCUUCAUAAGAUAUUUGCAUGCCCAGGUUAGUAGCGAGUAUAAAAGGCAUAAUCUGACUGAGUGGAUGGAAAACAACGUAACUCAAGGAUUCCAUUGCGAGAGCGGGCUAGAGCGUAACACCGUUGGGUUUUGGAUGUGGUCUGAAAUUUUUACGCACGACUACGAGACUACGACUACCGGGUGGCCAUAAUUUUACUAGACACUGAAGGAAUUUUCGACGACAGCACCAGUUGCAAAGCGUCCUCAUCCAUUUUUACCUUAACCAUGAUGUUAUCGUCAGUUCAGUGUUUCAAUGUUAUGUACAAUAUCCAGGCAGACCAUUUGCAACAUUUCCGAUCCGUCACCGAAUAUGGAACACUCGCAUCAAAACGUUUGGCCGGAAAGCCGUUCCAGAAGCUGAUAUUUUUGGUCAGAGAUAGCUCGAACGCAUUAGGUUAUGGUUACCAUGAUGGAAGCAGACUAGUCGACGAAAUGGUUGCAACAAAUGCAACAAAUGGUGAUCAAACAGCCGAUAUGUUCGAAAUGAUCCGACGUAUUGCGGAACGUUUCGAUAAGAUUGGAGUUUUCCUAAUGCCACAACCAGGAAUGACGGUGACACAAGGUCAUGAAUUCUCUGGCGCUGUACCUGAUCCGGAAUUUCAAGAUUGUGUGAAGGAAUUGUCUCAUCAUCUUUUUGCGCCGGAGAAUUUAAUAUUUAAACAGAUCAACGGCGAAAGAGUACGAGCCGGUGAUUUGGUUCAAUGCAUACAAGCUUACGUACGCGUUUUCAACAGUAACAAUUUGCCGGACAUGGACGCCCUUCUCAAGGCCACGUUGGAAGUUAUAGAUUCCAUGCUGAUCAAUGAAUGUGUGAAAUUCUACCGUCUUGCUAUCUGAAGAAAAAUCUUCCGAAAACAUGGUGGAUACAGUCCAGAAAUCGUCCUCAGCAUGCAUAACCAUUUCAUGGCUAGAGCCACGACAAUGUUUCAGGAAAAA